AUGUUCGCAUCCCGCAGAAACUCCCGCACGGCCGUUUUUUGUAGUUCUAGUAAUAGCUGUUGCAGUUUUGGCAGUAGUUGUAGUUCUAGUAAUAGCUGUUGUAGUUCUGGUAGUAGCUGUUGUAGUUUUGGCAGUAGUUGUAGUUCUGGUAGUAGCUGUUGUAGUUUUGGCAGUAGUUGUAGUUCUAUCCAGCCCAGGCGGUGA